ACGGAGCCGAGCCACAUCCUAUCAGAGCAGGAGCCUCCUCUCGACCAGCCAGGCGAUGCUGGCCUCUCUCACCCUCCUCCUGGGGCUGCCGCUCGCCCUUGCCACCGGGGACGAGCCCCACGGUUGCACCCCGCUCCUCCCGGUCACCUUGGACAAGGCCACCAUCCAUGGGCUCCUGGGACAGUGGUUCUACAUCACUGGUGCCUCCACGUACGAGCCUCACCUGGAGGAGUUUAAGGCGGUGAAAUAUUCGACCUUUUCCUUCUCUCCCGGCAGCCACGAGGAUGAGCUCCGCGUUACCGAAAGCAUGAGAGUGAACGAGACGUGUGUGGUGAAGAACGCCAAGAUCCAGAUCUUUUGGCACAACUCCACCCUGGUGCACGUCGAUGACCAGGUGGCUUCCCCAGCCAAACUGAUCCAAAGUGACAAGGACCUGCUGAUCCUGAAGAAUUUCAAUGACAACUUCCUGAGUCUGAGCCUCUCGGCACGGACACCCAAUGUGAGCAAAGAACAACUGGAGGAGUUUAAAGCCCACCUGUACUGCCUGGGCUUCACCGAGGAGGAUAUUUUCUACGCGUCCGAAAAGGAUGCCUGUCCCCUGCCUGAGGAGAAGAUGGAUGAAGGCGAUGCAGAGCUGAAGCUGGGGUAACGCCCGCAGGCCGGGUUUGCUGCUCCAUCCUCAUCCUCCUUCAGCCCCUCCAUGGGGACAUCCCCACUUGCCAGCCCCAGCCAGGCUCAGCUCAGCUUUGGGAUUUGCUAUUCAGGCUUCGUUUUUUCCUCCUGGAUGAAACACCCAGUUUCUCUGUUCUCACCCGGACACAAAAUAAACCCCUGUGUUAUAGCCA